AUGUCCAUGGGCCUUCGUAGCUUUCUGGCUGCGGCACGUGCUGCCCUGGCCUCUCCAGCCGCAAAUUGCACCCGCCCGCUUACGUUUGUCGUUGGCAACGAAGCCGCUGGUGAGACCAACACCCCCUCUUCCCCGCGGGGAAACGGCCACCAAUAG